AUGGAUCCUUAUGAAUUCCUCCGUCUCUCUCCGAACCCAGAUGUACCUCCACUCGAUAAACCAUCCAACGAUCCAAACAAGCCUCAACUCGCUCUUUCCAAAGACAUCCCUCUCAACCCUACAAAGAACACCUUCAUUCGCGCCUUUCUCCCUUCAAACCAACCAUCGAACACCAAACUUCCUGUCAUUCUCUACUUUCAUGGAGGUGGUUUUGUUCUUUAUAGUGCUGCUUCUCUUCCUUUCCAUGAAUCUUGUUGUCUCAUGGCUUCAAAAUUCCCUGCUUUAAUCCUGUCCGUUGAUUAUCGUCUUGCACCUGAACAUCGCCUCCCUGCAGCGUACGAUGAUGCAAUGGAUUCUCUCAUGUGGGUCCGGGAUCAAGCAAUCAACGGCGAGGAUCCUUGGUUGAAAGAGUAUGGUGAUCUUUCUAAUAUUUUCUUAAUGGGCAGUAGUGCUGGUGGUAAUGUGGUGUACCAUGCAGCUUUACGUGCACUGGAUGUUGAUCUUUCGUCUAUUAAGAUCAAAGGGCUGAUAAUGAACGUGCCUUAUUUUGGUGGGGUCGAGAGGACCGAGUCCGAGAUUAGAUUGAAAGAUGAUAAGAUCUUGCCAAUGCCAGCAAAUGAUCUAAUGUGGUCACUUGCAUUGCCUAAAGAUGCUGAUCGUGAUCAUGAGUAUUGUAACCCAGUGGUUGCUGGAUCCUAUGACGAUAGGAAGAUCGGACGGCUGCAAAUGUCUUAUAUUAGAAUUUAUGGCGGGGACCCACUGUCUGACAAGCAGAAGGAGUUCGUGAAGAAGUUACGGUCACUUGGGGUUCACGUGGAGGCGAGUAUUGACGAUGAUGGUUUCCAUGCUGUGGAGCUUUUUGAUCCCAAAAAAGCUGAAGCUUUCUACGAUGAAGUGAAAAAAUUUAUCGGUACUGCUUCAUCUGCCCAGUCAUCCAUGUGA